AUGGGCAGUAGGGAGCCCAAUUGUUUAAUUACGGAUCAAGAUCCAGCUAUGAAAAUUGCUGUAAAUUCUGUUUUCCGGCAAUCUGUUCUGCCUGAUAAAGUUGGAAGGAAUAUCAUUCAGGAAACUGAAUUUUUGAAGGAACUCAGUAAGUGUGUUUGGAAUUUAGAAAUUGAGGCACCUGAAUUUGAAGAGAAGUGGAACAAUGUUCUUGUUGAGUUUAAAUUACAAGACCAUGAUUGGUUGAAUUUGAUGUUUGAGAUGAGAUCUAUGUGGAUUCCAGCGUAUCUUAGAGAUGUGUUUAUGGGUGGUAUUAUGAGAACUACCUCAAGGUUAGAGAGUGAGAAUAAUUUUUUUACAUCCUUUGUAAAUCCUCACGUGUCUCUUGUGGAGUUUUUCAUGAGGUAUGAAACUGCGUUGGAUGCACAGAGACAUAGUCAGACAGAGAAUGACAAUGAAUCACAGGAGAAAUUCCCUCACUGUAAGACAAAAUUGUUGAUUGAGAGGCAUGGUUCUGAGGUAUACACCGUUUCUUUAUUUUAUGAAUUUCAGGAUGAAGUUCAUAGUGCUUUUUAUUCUUGUGGUGUAGACGAAUUGAGGAAGGAAGAUGGUAUUGAUGUAGCAAUUGUUACUGAGGCAAAUAGGAGAAGGAAAUUUAAAGUUUUGUUUGAGUGCUUUAAUUAUGACACUACCUGCUCUUGUAAGAAGUUUUAUAGGAUAAGAAUCCCAUGCAGACAUAUGAUAUGGAUGUGGAAGGCAAAGAAUUCAAAAAGCAUUCCAAAGCAAUAUAUCUUAGAUCGGUGGACAAUAACUGCUACUCAGAAACCAGUGUUAGAUAUAAGUUGUUUAGACACCGAUGAUGAUAGGAGGGUGGUGUUGAAUGAAAUGUGGUUGGAGAUAUUUUCUUGUGUGAGUUGGGUUAAAGGUCAUGAGGAGGACUUUAUUAAGAAUAUUUGA